CUUGGCCUUCCUCUUUGUCUCUCCCUUCUCUCUCUAAACCCCUGGGACUUGUUUAUAAAUGUAGCAGCCUUUCUACCUUUUUCAUUGGAGAACAAGACUGCACAACACUGAGAGGAAGGAGAAGAAAGCACCUUGCAGUACCAUAAGAAGUAACCAGUUGAGGACAAGGACAGCUGCAUCAUGUAUGUGCUGCUUCUUCAGAUCCUGUUGAUUUCUUGGCUUGGAACCACGGAGCAAACUGAUGAAAUGCAAAAGAAAAGGAGGAGGAGAAGUCCACAUCUACUGCCUCCUGAUACACUAGCAAAAUAUCUUCUGGACUAUGAAGGGACUUUGGAAGAGCCCAGUUUGUUUGUGACGCACUUCUUGGCAGAAAUGGAGAGAAAGAAAGAAGAUGGACUUCAGAUCCCUAAAUCUAUUUUACCUUAUAUAGGCAGUCAUGCGACGCCAGAUUUGGGAAGCUGGGCUCCCCCAAGUCCGUUCCCCCAUCCACAGAAUCCCCCUUCCCACCCUCCAAAGAGGAAAUCAGAGUCUCUCUUCAGGAAAGAUGCCAAGAAGUUUUGGGAUAUUUUCAUGUUGAAAGCCAAGUCAAGGUCUGAAGAGGCUGUCCUUCCCAUCAAGACCAAUGAAAAGUACCAGGACAUCUGCAGCACUCUGCCUUUUUCUCAGACCAUUGCACAUGAGAACUGUGAGAACCUGGUGAUACAAAACAACCUGUGCUUUGGAAAAUGUAGUUCUUUCCAUGUUCCUGGUCUGGAAGAUCGCCUUUACACCUUCUGUUCCCACUGCUUGCCGACCAAGUUUUCCAUGAAACGCCUGGAGAUGAACUGCACAAGGGCGGUGCCCAUAGUCAAGGUGGCUAUGAUUGUAGAAGAAUGCAGGUGUGAAGUUCAGAGAACAACAAACCCUGAAAUGGGUUUUCGACAUUCAGAUUUAUUGGCGAGCAUCCAUGGACACAACUGAAGCUUUUGAAACUUUCUGGAUCUUUAGCAAAAUGUCAUCACAGCAUUUUGAU